AUUCAAGAAGGGAAUCAAUCAACUACCCAGCCCAUCAAAUCAAGCAACAUCAACAAAAACAUGAUUUCCAGGACCGCGGCCGGUAGUGCCAUUCGCACUCUCACCAGGACUACUACCCAGAACACCAAGCCCUUGCCCAGGACAUAUCUUCAAGCUCAAGCUCAACUGAGGCAAUACUCUUCGAACCCGCCCUCGGCAACGGGCGUAUUCUACAAGACCUUCACCCGUCCAGUAGCCAAGUGUCUACUCACUGCUUUAUUCGUCUACCAGGUCGUCUACUGGGGAUGGUCAAAGCUGGAGGUUGAUGAGAUCAAAGAGGAGCGCCAGGCUGAGAUAACCAAGCUUGAGGCUCAAGUACGGGCCUUGCAGGUGAAGAAGGAAAAGGAGGCGGAGGCUGCUGCUGCUGCUGCUGCUACCGCCAUUGCUUCGAACACGGGAGCAUCCCCAGAUUCUCAAAAGAAGAAGGGCUGGGGCUGGUGGUGAUGAGGAUGAUGCUGAAGGAAGAUGGCGAGGUGUGGACGUACCCUUUCGAAGAGAUUGAGAGCAUAUAGAUGUCUUAUGCGCACUUCGAGGCUGGGGUGCUCUUGAAAUAUUAAGAGAUUCGUCUACCUUUUUGAUACAUACGAUCGGAAGCAUCUUCG